GAAAUGUAAUCGGUAGUUUGAUAGACAACUUUUCGGCCACGGCGCAGGCCGCUCUGAGCACCGUCGUCCGCAUCUCGAUCAACAGCGAGAAAUAACAAGUAUUGUGCGCAGAUUACUUGCUCGGUUCGUCAAGAUUUACUGUUGUCGUUAUUUUCGUUUACCAUUUCGAUUUCUCAUAUAUCGGUCUUCUCGUCAUCUAUUCGGUUCAUUUGUCGUCAACUGCACAACUCAAAGUAGAAUCGGUUUUUUGACUGAGAGGCGUUCCGCCUUCGGUAACCUCGUCAUUUCAGCCCACUAUGGCCAGCGAUUUUCGUCGUUGCUUUUAGUUGGUAGAAACACAUCAUACUUCGAUAGCUUCCUCUACUCUCGUCCUUGCCACACCCAUCUUCCAGGGAUCUGUCGGCGAGAGAAGUUGUGGAUUGUUGGGACCUAGGCCUCGCCAGUCUGCAGCGUCUUUCUCGCUUGAAUCUGUUUCCUCCAUCGACUGCUAAUUUACUCCCCCUAAUUUGAAGAAUUUGAAUUCGUUGCACAUUUUACUCUUCCACUUUCAAAAUGGCUCGACACCUUCUUGAACAAUUGACCGUAAAUGUACUACUUACGUGAGCUCUACCCCACCAUUAUUUACUUUCUUCCCUUUGUGUAGAUCUACAUUACAUUUGCAUUUCUGCUAUUUUUUUACUUACAUUGACGCGACACCCCUGGUUUUGCCCAACAUGCCAGGCGGUUACGGCGAAAACUACAUGGGUGAUAUCACGCGCAACAACACGGCCCCAUCAACUCUGCCUUGCACUUAUGCAGGAACAUCAUUUUCACGCGCAGAGUCAAACUCAAAGUCAACAAACACAAACACAAAGACAAGCCGGAACUAGUUCCGCGGUCUCGCAGGGUCUAGGUCAUGCUGGUGGAAUCCAGGAGUUCAUCUUAUUUGACUCAUCAUGCAACUGAUUCCAGCACUACCAUCAAUAUGACAAGCCUUUGCAAGAAAUCAAAAAGGUAGUGUCGAUAGUACGGUGUCGUGUUUGCAUGUGAUAUCGCGUUCUUUCGGUGGCGGGGAGUCUUCUUUUGAGGAGGAGACCCGAGGGCUGCAACACGACGAAGAACUGGCCGACGAGGAGUUUUACGUUUCCAAGCCGAAAUCCAUGGUGCAGCACCCGCCGCAGCAGCAAACAAAUUCCAUGAUGUACUCCGGAGAGGUAUGGCAUGAAGAAUGAAGAAAGGUGACUCGUCUCUUUACAACUGCAUUUGCAUGCUUGGAAGAAAUGAAUAUGUCCGGGCUAUUAAGUAUGCUUUCGUAUCCAGAUUCACGACUCCAAAGACUCCAGCUUGUAGUUAAGUCCAUUAGUUGGUACCUCAACCCUGUGAACAAAAAUAAGAGCACCUUUCUCGUCCCCUCGUUUCCAUAGCCGAACCCCCAGUACCCGAGCAGCUCCCCCAGUUCCGGGCCCGCCCUGCAGUACAUUCCGCAGAGUGAUUUUCUGUCUGACUUCGACAAGAUCGACUUCAUCCUGGACGCGAAGACCGGGUGCGCGGGCUACCGCUUCCAAAUCCUGGGGAGACCGACGAAGACGCAGCGCGUGCACGUGAUGACGAUGACAAUGAGCCGGAACUGCUUCGACAACGGCGUGAUGCGGCUGUACGAGGCGAUGUACGACAAACCGCGAAUUUCGCCCGGGAACUUUUCCGGUCUGCGCAUGCGGUUCGGCGCCUACGACGAUUUGAUCGAGAACCUGGAUUACGGCGACCGCCCGCCGCUCGGCGAGUACGCGCUACCCUAUCUCAUGGCCGUCCCGCCGAAGACCUCCAUCUACACGGACUCCCGGGGCGUGUACCGGGAGGAUGGAAAUUGUUGUUGCGGGGCGUCGACCAACUGCAGCUGCUGCUACACGAACAUCGACUACUCGGACAAGCAGAAGGACAGAAUCCCGGCCGCGGCGUUGGAGCCCGUGCCCUGCUGCGAGGGCCCGGACUGCUCCGACCCGAAAAACAAAAAUUGCUGCGCCUGUGGCUGCUUCGCGAAGAAGGACAAGCGCAUUUGCUGCAACUACUGCGGCCCGAAGCCCGACGCGGUCGAGCUGUUUUCGCCGCAGGAGGAGCAGAGUGCGUGCAUGCUCAACUGUUGCGGCUGCAAGCUGAACGCCUGCUGCUGCCCCUACGAGGCCGGGUGCUGCUAUGGAUGUGUCAGAGUUGAAAUCGACAGUGUUGAAAUGACUUGUAAUGCAUAAAAUGCGAUACAAAAAGUGACUCUAUUGCAGAGGACGCAAGGGAGGCAGAUUAUAGUCCUGGUAAGGGUCAAGAGUUGGACUGCUGACUAGCAUGACAGAAGGCAGCUCUUUUGCCCUAAACCGCAUGACAGACUCGCUUCCAGGACCGGGGAAAUUUGUCAUGCGCCGACUACAAACUGCAGGCCUAACUGGCAUCCAUUUUAUGCAUGACAAAUUAUUUCAACUUUGUCGAUUUCAAACCUGACACUCCCAUAGCUGCGCGCACGGCCCGGUGGAGCACGAACUGGUGUACUACGAGCGCGUGCUAUGCAAUGCAAAAGCAUCGUACUAGUAUAAAUUGCAUCACAAAUUUUGGCAAGAAGAAAAGUGGAAUUUGUAAUGCUGUUUUACCUUAGAAAAGAGAUUUGUCAUGCAUAUUUGCAAUUAGUACGACUACGAUACUUUUGCACAGGAUACGUGCCCAACCACGGCAAUCUGGAGCAGCCCGGGCCCUUUCACCUCCAGGCCGUCAAGAUCGGGAAAUGCAUCAACACCUCCUCCGCGGUGGAAAAGUGCUUCGGCCACUGCUGCAAUUUCUUCUGCAACCUGCCCCCGUGCUGCUGCUCGCAGACCGGCAUGAGCGGCGAAUACGAGUUGCGGGACAUGAAGAACCGCCUGAUUUUUACCAUCGAGGCGGACGCCGGGCUCUGCCCGGGCAGCGACGCGGAGUUUCGCAUCAUGGAGCGGCGGGACGCCGGGAGGGCCCCCGUGCAGCGGGGGUCGAUCAAGAUGGAAAUCCCGUUCUACGCUUGUGGGUGCGGGGCGUGCGACUCCUGCUACGGGAAGAUUCGUCUAGACUUCGGCACCAUCGAGGACGUGUACCAGCGGUUCCACGUCUUGGGCUUCGCCAUGCAGCUCUGCGAGAAGAUGGUGGGCGCGCGACGCGGAGUGGCGUGAAGGCGGCACGACCAGAAGCGGCAGAACUAAGUACAACAUCUCUGCUGCCUUUAUGGCUUUUUUUGUACGUUACGCAUUUACAAUUUUAUCAGCAUACAUUUUGACAUUUUUCGGGAUUUUCAUUCGUAAACUAGUUUAACAUUUGCACAUCACAUGUAUUUAAUAAUCUUUAUCAUACGCAUACGGACCUAUUUCGUUUUUUUGUUUGGUUUAGCAUAAAUUCACGACUUGACGCUAACUCUAACGCAGAAUUUCAUCACAACUGACCCGCUAGGGCUAAAGAUCAUCGUUGAGUCGGUCGCACAAAUAUCGUUCGGUUGUUCUCUGAGGUAAGUUGAAGAGCAGUUAUUUUCCAUGAGCAAUAAAAAUAAACAUAGCGCAUCCGUUCCACAGAGUAAAGUUUGAGUUCAAUGGUAUUCCUGUAUUGUUUUUUGGCAGCCCGCGUCUUUCAGCCCAACACUAGGGUACUGCACCAUACGUACGUACCUGGUCGUCACGAACUCUACAGGUUUUCUACGCUCCAUGACUGGAACUAUUUACAAAAACAGCAUCAAAUUCAAAGUUGAUGAUUCGAAAAGUAAUCUAGUGGAACUACAACUAAGCUUUAUUGAUUAAAAUGCGCCAACAAGAACAGUAUCGAAUUUCAAUUUGUUGGUAUAGAAGAAGAAUCUAGUAAGAUAAAUCCUCGCUUUACUUGUGUUGUAGCAAAACCAU